AUGCGGCUUCUCCAUGUCCACACAAGAAGACUGGAGGAAUUCAAUGGAGACUCCAUCCCGCCUUAUGCUAUUCUAUCUCAUACGUGGUCCAAGCAUGAGAUAACCUUUCAAGAUCUUUCGAAAUGGGGUCGUAAGAUCUUAGAUGGCUAUGCAAAAAUAGAAGGAUGUUGUCGGCAAGCGGCAAAAGAUGGUCUGCACUACGUGUGGAUUGAUACUUGUUGCAUUGACAAGUCAAGCAGCGCUGAACUUUCCGAAGGUAUCAACUCGAUGUUCCAGUGGUAUAAAAGGUCCACGGUGUGCUAUGUAUACCUAGCCGAUGUAUCUGCAGAAGAUGAUCCAUUCGAGCUAUCUUCCGAGUUCCGACGAAGUCGCUGGUUUACUAGGGGUUGGACGCUUCAAGAAUUACUCGGGCCUAUGGAAUUAAUAUUCUUUGACAAAACUUGGAAUCAAGUUCGAAUCGGUCGACUUAUUCGAGCCGCAAACUCAUUGCGAGACCAAGAUUUGAAUGCGCCUUUUUGCCAAAGAAAGUACCUCAAUCGGUUAGGUCUACUCGCUCUUCUCUCUGAGAUUACAAAUAUCCCGAAGAAAGCCCUCGAUACUGGGAAUUUUUCGAAGUUCUGUGCUGCGGCUCGGUUAGCAUGGGCCGCUAACAGGAAAACAACCCGCGUUGAAGACAUGGCCUAUAGUCUUUUAGGUCUCCUAGAAGUGAAUAUGCCUUUGCUUUACGGCGAAGGAGAUAAGGCCUUCCUACGUCUCCAGGAAGAAAUCAUAAAAUCACGCAAUGACGAUAGUUUCACCAUCAAGCAACUCCCAGAACAGCGAUAA